UUUUAUAGUUAUAUCACUAAAUCGCUGUAUACAAAUUCUGAUUUUGAUUUAUUCCAAUUGUGCAAAGCAUACAAUUGCAAAUUGUAUUGAUUUCCAAAUUUUAUAAUUGAUUACUUUAAUUUUACAAAUCGACAUUUUUACUAUUUCUAUUUAGAAUGACUAAAAUGAACCUUUCUCGUUUUCAAUUAUUUUUAUCUUUUAAGGAGAAAAUAGCACUUUAUGCGUUUGAAGAAUACUUGUAAAAAGAACGGACACGUGACCAGACAUGGCCAUGGCCAACCCUUUGGAGAUUUAGGUUAGGUUCUAUUUGUAAGACACGUGUGUUUAUUAGAUACUUUUGGCAUGUUCAGAAUAACGAAUUAAUGGGACAAACAAAAUAGUUUAAAACAGAUAUAAAAGAAAAUAAAAACUGUAUUGAAAGACGAAUAAAAUCAGUAUUUAAAAUAUCUAAGCAAGUAUAAAUCACUGAUAGUUCUACCUACUUCUUAAUUAGAAGUUUGCUCGACUUAUACUGAUAAUACGACUGGAUUUUAUUGGCUUUCUAAUCCAGUACUUGACGUUGUUUAAACUAUGGUACUUUGAUUUAUAUGAAUUAAAAAUCCAGAGGCCUGUGAAAGACAGAAAGAAAGAAAAUGUCUAAGCGACCAGAGCACAUGGCACCUCCUGAGGUGUAUUAUGAUGAAACAGAAGCUAAGAAAUAUACACAAAGCUCUCGUAUGAUAGAAAUUCAAGUACAGAUGUGCGAACGUGCUAUAGAACUUCUUUUACUACCCGAGGAUAAGAGUUGCUUACUUUUGGAUAUUGGUUGCGGAUCAGGCCUUAGUGGCAGCGUCUUAGAAGAUCAGGGACAUGUAUGGAUUGGUGUUGACAUUUCUUCAGCAAUGCUUAAGGUAGCUGCUGAAAGAGAAACAGAUGGUGACUUGAUCUUGGGAGAUAUAGGUCAAGGAUUACCAUUUAAAGCUGGUGCGUUUGAUGGAGCUGUUAGUAUCUCUGCUCUUCAAUGGUUGUGCUAUGCAAACAAAGUUACGCACAAUCCUACGAAACGUUUAUAUCGUUUCUUCUCAACAUUGUACGCAUGCCUGUCAAGGAGUGCAAGAGCAGUAUUACAGUUUUAUCCAGAAAACAGUGAACAGGUUGAAUUAAUCACAGCACAAGCUACAAAAGCUGGAUUUUUCGGUGGUGUGGUUGUUGAUUUCCCAAAUAGUACAAAAGCAAAAAAGAUGUUUUUGGUUUUAAUGACUGGAGGAGCUGCUCCGCUUCCAAAAGCACUGGGAGUAGAAAACGAAGACAGACAAACCAUUGCUAAUUCAAAAAGGGAGUACAUAAAAAAAGCCAAGGGUAAAUCAUUAAAGAAAAGCAGGGAUUGGAUUUUAGAGAAGAAAGAAAGGCGGCGACGACAAGGAAGAGAAGUUAGAGGUGAUUCCAAAUAUACUGGUCGAAAGAGAUCCGGGCGAUUCUGAAAUGUACUUCGUUAAUAUAAAAAUUUAUUUUCAAUAAUUUCUAAAUUAUAAAUAAUAAAGUUUAUAAAAUCUUAAUUAUAUUCUCCGCUUUUAUAUUAACUUGAAAGAUAUUUGAAAUAUCCAUUUUAUUAAAGAAUAUUUACAUAAAGCAAAAUUUAAUAAUCAUAAUUAUGUAUAUACAAAGGAUAUGUACGCUCCUUUAAAAAGACCCUAAAUACCGAUCGCAUUACAGAAUAAAUUAAUUUUGAAAUUGG